AAUGCGAUUCUUUGCUGCACUGCGAAAAUUGCAACACAAAUACCGGGGGUGGUGGUUUACAAUGUUUGACGUGUGAGGAAGGCUAUGCUCAGAGCGAGGGUGCGACCGGAUGUUGUUCUAGAGGAUGUAGUCUCGACCAAAAUUCAUUCCAUUUAUGCAACACAAGCACUGGGAAGUGCACAUACGGGUGUAGGUCCGGGUUCAUUGGUGACACAUGUGUCGAUUGUAAGAACGUCAUAGAGAGAUGCGAAGAUUGUAAACAUCUGGAAGACGACAAAAGUCUUCCGGUUCAUUGUAUAACAUGUGCGACUGACUUCUACCCGACGACGAAUAAACAGCAAUGCUGUCCGAUGGGUUGUGACAGCUGUAACGGGCAAGUGUGCACCUCGUGUAAGUCGUCCUAUUUCCUUUACAACGACGGAUGUGACACAUGUGGUAACAACUGUAAACCUCCCAGCGACGGUUCAGCUAGGUGCGAUUCUGUCUCAGGAGAAUGUAAUCUUGGAUGCCUUGAGGGAUGGCAUGGCUUGAAAUGUAACGUAUUGUGUGAUUUAAGUAGAUGCGAUCAGUGUACAUAUGAUAUACCUAGACAGAAUCUCACGUGCCUAGAUUGUGAGGCCGGCUACUACGGUCCAUACUGCGGUGAAUGUAAUUCAAACUGCGGCUCCACUGGUAACAGUGAAAUCUGUUCACAAGACGGUACAUGUUUGGGAGACUGUGAACCUGGUUACCGUGGCAACAAGUGUGACGUCGCCUGUGACGCAGCUGUUGGCUUAGGGAACUGUGCCGAGUGUGACCGAUACCAAUUCACGUGCACCGUGUGUAAACCUGGUUACUGGGGCAACACUUGUCAAAACACCUGUAACACAAACUGCGUGACUUUUAACGGAGAGAGAAGCUGCUCUCUGGACAAAGGAAGCUGUAAUUUUGGAUGCUUGGCUGGAUAUUACAAAGACGACUGUAGCGGAUCAUGUCCGAACUGCUUGAAGAAUGUCUGUAAUCGAGAUACAGGUGACUGUCGUGACCCUAUGUGUGAUCCUGGAUUCCAUGGUUCGAAUUGUAACUUUACCUGUCCUGCAAAUUGCGCAAAUGAUCCUGAUAAUAAUGAAGCAUCCUGUCAUUUCAAUUACGGAAAUUGUACACACGGCUGUAUAGAUGGAAAAUGGGGCCAGUUCUGUAAUCAAGGUUGCAGCAUAAACUGCGCAGCUAGUUCGCAAGGCACUGAAUCAGGUCCGCAGUGUCAACAGAGUAAUGGGGUAUGUUUACACACGUGCAAGUCUGGGUUUUACGAGGAAACAUGUACAAGACCGUGUAAAUCCCAAUGUGUUGACAACAAUUGUGAUAUUCAUCAAGGAACGUGCUUAGAAUGCAACGCUACAAACCCUGGCUAUCUGUGUCCGUCUGGAAGUUGUCUCCGUGGGUGGUAUGGUUUAUUUUGUAAUGAAACAUGUAGAGGAGAUGCUGCACUCUGCCUCGACAAUAAGUGUGACAGAGAUAGCGGUAUAUGCUCUGGUUGUUUAUCGGGGAAAUAUGGCGAUAAUUGUGGGUCAGAAUGUCCUAACUGCCGGCAUGGAAAUUGUUCCCAGAAGAAUGGAAUAUGCCUAGAGGGAUGCAGCAAUGGUUAUUUUGGACAAUUCUGUAAUCAUGAAUGCUACGGUAGAUGCGAAAAAUGUGAUAACUUGAUCGGUGCUUGUGAGCAGUGUGAGGCUGGGACUUUUGGUGGGGAUUAUUGCACUUUCAACUGUAGCUCCCAUUGUAUGGCUUCCAUUGAUGGUUUGAUACGAUGUUCAAAAGGAACUGGGUUCUGUGAUGAAGGUAUCUGUAGUCCUGGCUAUUAUGGGAAAAAUUGUAAAACAAUGUGUAGCGACAAUUGCAUGUCAGAUGAGUUAGGUGUCUUAAGUUGCGGCAUAGAAGACGGUAAAUGCAGUCAUGGAUGCAAAACUGGCUUUUACUUCCCAGACUGCACAAGAACGUGUAGCGUUCAAUGCAAAAACAGAAAUUGUAAGGAAUUCUAUAACUCAUGCGUUGAAGGAUGUAUCAACGAUUUUUGGGGAAAUACUUGUGAUUUUGCGUGCGACUUUGCUUGCGCUGACAAGGCAUGUGAUGACGUCACAGGGCAUUGUACUAAUGGUUGUGUUCAAGGGCGUUUCGGGGAUAAAUGUGAAAAGGAAUGCUUGGAAAAUUGUAUCGACAAGACAUGUGACAGGGCGUCGGGCCGUUGUAAUGCUUGUUACACGGAACCUAAAAGCUAUUUGUGUCGCUCAGCUGAUUGCGCAGUCGGAAAGUUUGGACAGUAUUGUAACGGAACUUGUCCAGGUGGCAGUCUCUGCAAAGAGAAUUUAUGUGACAGAUACACCUCUGAAUGUUUAGGGUGUAUCCCAGGCUAUUACGGACAACGCUGUGACAGAAACUGCAGUGGAUGUGUAAAUGGAAAUUGCCAACAAGAAGAUGGUGUAUGUAUUGAAGACUGUGUCAGUGGAUUUUAUGGUCCAAAGUGCACUCAAAUGUGCCAUAACCGAUGCACUGUCUGCAAUCGUGUAACAGGAAGUUGUGAGAUAUGUAACACAGGAACAUAUGGAGCAUCGUGCGAAUUUAACUGCAGUAAAAAUUGUGUUCCUUCUUCGAACGGGGAAAUAACAUGCAGUAAGAAUGAGGGUUACUGUAAUGAAGGUCGGUGUAACGUUGGGUUCUUUACCUCAACAUGUGAAGCAUCGUGUAACGAUUUCUGUUUUCUUCACGAAUGCGAUUUUGUUUCUGGCAAAUGUCUCCAUGGUUGCGAAAUUGGUCGUUAUGGUUCAGUAUGUAACGGAAUCUGUAGCGAAACAUGUCUUAAUAGAAAUUGUAACAUAUCGUACAAUAACUGUUUAAAUGGAUGCGUUGAUGAAUAUUACGGAGAAUAUUGUGACUUUCCGUGUAGUGAACACUGUUUUACUGACAGAUGCGAUGACGCAGGUCGAUGUACAGACAGUUGUGACCAUGGCUGGUAUGGCGACAAAUGUGAUAAACCAUGUAAUACUACGUGCACUGAUGACAGUUGUGACCGCAUUAGUGGAAUAUGUGCCGAAUGUACCCAAGCAAGACCUGGACCACUUUGUCGAACAGCAGCAUGCACACCAGGCUUCAGGGGCUUAGACUGCACAAUUCCCUGUGAAAGUAGUUUCUGCAAAAAUAGAGUAUGUGACAGAUACAACGGAAAAUGUGCUGGGUGUAUCACAGGACGCCAUGGAGACCUUUGUUUACAGUCAUGUGACUCAUGUCGGCAAGGAAGCACGUGUCAACAGAUUGAUGGAAAAUGUGAUGAUGGUUGUAUUGACGGAAAUUACGGAUCAUAUUGUCAACAGACUUGUGAUACAUGCAUAACAUGUGAUCAGGGAUCUGGAUUAUGUACUGAAUGUCCGAUAGGAAAAUAUGGUGACCUAUGUACUCUUAAUUGUAGCUCACAUUGUGUAUCUGUAGGUGGUUCUAUAUCAUGUGACCUGCACAGUGGGUCUUGUGAUUCAGGUCAAUGUGCUCCAGGAUUUUGGAGUCCCGGCUGCUCAAGAACGUGUAAUGUAAAUUGUAAAAGUAGUCCCUUAGCGACAAUUGGCACAUGUAAUAUAAUUAGUGGCGCGUGUGAUUUUAAUUGCUCCGAGAAAUUUUACGGUCCGCAAUGCAAUAUUGGAUGUGACUCAUUUUGCUAUGAUAAUACUUGCGAUCGAGUUGACGGUGUUUGCGCCGAGUGUUUCAAAGACCAGCCUAAUUUCAAUUGCCCAGAUGCAGAAUGUCAAGUUGGAAAGUACGGUCAAGCCUGUGAUCUGUCUUGCUCACCCGGCUGUACAUUGGUUUGCGACCGAUACACAGCGAGAUGUUCAAAAUGUAAACCUGGCUAUUGGGGAGAUAAAUGUGAGCAGACAUGUCCCUCUGGUAGCGGUUGCUCUGAAUGUGAGCAGUCAUCCGGAAAGUGUAUCAGCUGCAUUGCAGGGAAACAUGGCACAGACUGUGACCUAGAUUGUGGCUUUUGCACUGCAUCUUCAGAUGGAAUAGUUUAUUGCAGAAAAGAUAAUGCUGACUGUAUUACAUCAGCGUGCGUUGCAGGGUACCAUGGCAGAACGUGUGAACAUAGUUGUAAUCCAACGUGUUUUGAUUCUGGUGACGGUGUUAAUAAUUGCGAAUGGAAUACAGGUAUCUGUAGUGAUGGUUGUGACAUAGGUUAUUACGGCUUUUACUGUGAAGAGAAAUGUAGUGACAAAUGUUUGAAUAAAGAUUGUCAGGGAUCGGCAACGGACUGUAAACAGGGAUGCGUAUUUGGCUAUUAUGGGAAUGACUGUUUAACUCCAUGCCCUCAAAAUUGUGUUGGCGGCGGAUGCGAUGAUAAAUCCGGCGCGUGCGACAGCUCUUGCCAACCGGGAUUUUUUAAUGAAACUUGUUCCGCACCUUGUGCUUCGACAUGUAUAGACUCCAAAUGUGAUAAGAUACGCGGUGAUUGCAUUGAGUGUCAGCCCAAUGCUAAUACAGGACGGGAGUUGUAUUAUUGCAGAGAUGCCGCAUGUCCUGUCGGAAAAUACGGACAGUUCUGUCAAGCUGAUUGCCUACCUAAUUGUUUAUCAACGUGCGGACGGUACAAUGGAACUUGUUUCGAAUGUAAACCAGGUUUUCACGGAAAUAAUUGUGAUUCAGAGUGCGGACAGUGUAGCACUGGAAAAUGUGACCAGAAAACCGGCUUAUGUUCGACUAACGAUGUUUGUAGAGCAGGGUUUUGGAAUAUGUUUUGCAAUCAAAGAUGCUUGCAUGAAAAUUGCAAUACAUGUUUCCAAGGAGAUGGCCAGUGUGAGACGUGUGAUGUAGGAUACUAUGGUUUAACUUGUAAUUUAAAUUGCAGUGAUAAAUGUUCAGUUAAUUCGUUUAACCAAGUAACAUGCGGAAAAGAUACAGGAAACUGCGAUGAAGGAGCUUGCCUUCCGGGGUUUUGGAAUCGGCCUUGUGAUGCCCAGUGUAACAAAAACUGUCGAACUAAUUCGGAGGGAGCAAGAACAUGUUCUUAUCUAGAAGGUGACUGUAACCUCGGAUGCGAAGAUACUUAUUAUGGUGGACAUUGUAGCUUAAAUUGCAGUGCUACUUGUAUUAAUAAGUUGUGUGAACGGGAUGGGAAAUGUUCUUUAGGUUGUAUAGAUGGUACUUAUGGCGACACAUGUGAACUUACUUGCAAGGAAACUUGUAAUAAUGGAAAAUGUGAUCAAGUUUCUGGUGAAUGUGAAGAGUGUAACAAACCGCCUGAGGCACAAACCUCUCUUUGCAGAACGGCUGAAUGUCCUAGUGGAAAAACCGGACUUUUGUGCAACGUUAAUUGCUCUGAAACAUGUUUCGAUAAAUGUGAUCGCUAUAACGGCACAUGCAUUUCGUGCAAAUCGGGAUUCUUCGGACAAACCUGUGAAUUUGAUUGCGGAUCUUGUUCCGAACCUUUUUGUGAUCAGGUAACUGGAACGUGUUUAUCUCCAUGCACUAAUGGUUACUACGGGGACAACUGUACUGUUAGCUGCAAUCACAUCGGGUGUCUAUCAUGCAAUAGAUCUAGCGGAGAGUGCGACGAAUGUAAAGCAGGGCUUUGGACAAAAGAUUGCAGCGAGUCGUGCAGUACUGCUUGCAUCGCAUCAGCUGACGGUUUUGUCUACUGCGACAAAGUAAAUGGAGAUUGCAGAAUCCGGGCUUGUGUUCCAGGAUAUUAUUCGGAGGACUGCAUGUUAGAAUGUCAUGAAAAUUGUAAAGAAGACUCACUCGGUGACAGACAUUGCGACUUUCUCAAUGGUUAUUGUCGAGAUGGGUGUAAAGACGGGUUUUAUGGCAACUUCUGCAACUAUUCUUGUAACCAUAAUUGCGUCGGGGGAAUUUGCGAGAGAAAUGGGGAAUGUUUAAGAAAUCUUGGAUGCAUUAAAGAAUAUUAUGGAUUUGACUGUGGAACUAACUGUAAGACCACGUGCAAUGACGAUACAUGUCAUAGGGAUGACGGAAUAUGUGAUGAGUGUCGUAAGGUGUCAGAAGAACAAACACCACUAUGCAGAGAUGCCGAGUGUCCACCAAUAUCUGACGUCUACUUCAAUGGAUUGUAUUGUAACAUAUCUUGUCCUGACAAUUGCGAUUCAACUUGUGUAAGAUAUAGUGCAGUUUGCGAUUCAUGUGUAGCAGGUUAUUGGAGCGAUUUUUGUGACCAAGAAUGUGGAAACUGUAAGGGUAUCACUUGUUUUCAGAGUGACGGAACAUGUGUUUCAGAGUGUGAUGAUGGUUUCUACGGACCACGUUGUGAUCAAAGAUGUAUAUUUGAUGGUUGUGAGUCUUGUGAUCGAUCCAACGGGAAUUGCGCUACAUGCAAACAAGGAUUAUGGGGUGAAAAUUGUGAAAGUAAUUGCAGUACCGCCUGCCUGCCUAACAACACAGGACUGAUAUAUUGUGAUAAGGAUACAAGCAAUUGCAAUAUACCUGCUUGUGUGGUAGGAUAUUAUUCUCCACAGUGCAGAAAUGAGUGCAGUGCAAACUGCCUUCCUUCAGAUGAACAAUCCUCUCUUAAAGGUAGUUGUGAUUUUUAUGAUGGUGAAUGUGAUGAUGGCUGCAAAGAUGGAUGGUACGGUGAUAUCUGCAAUAUUAAAUGUAGCAGUUUCUGUGUUGAUGACAUUUGUUAUAGAAACGGUCGUUGUGAUGAUCAGCUCGGAUGUUUGCCGGGCUUUUAUGGGAUUUAUUGUACGGAAACAUGUGCUAGUACAUGUAACAAUGGUAAAUGUGAUAGAGAAACUGGAAUUUGCACGGAGUGCUUAAAGCCCGUCGAAGAACAGAGUCCACUGUGUAGAAGCGCAGCAUGUGACGCCCCAUUUCAUGGUUUGUUUUGUAAUAACACAUGUCCACAAAACUGCAAAGAUAUGGUGUGCGACCGGUAUGAUAAGAAAUGUGAUUCCUGUAUAACCGACUUCUACGGAAAUGAAUGCGACAUCCAAUGUGGAAACUGCAAAGGCGACAAUUGUAUUCAAGAAACAGGCGUAUGCAUCAACGGAUGUGAUGAUGGGUUUUAUACUUCAACUUGUACUUUGCCUUGCAAACACAAUGGCUGUCUGAAGUGCAGUGUAUCUUCUGGUGAGUGUUCUUCUUGCAAAGAAAAGUUAUGGGGAAACAACUGCGACUCCAAUUGUAGUGAAUUUUGCUCACCAAGUCAACUUGAUGGAAGUGUGAAAUGUGAGAGGUUUACCGCCGUCUGUGCAGAAAAUACCUGUUUGCCUGGGUAUUAUGGAAGAGAAUGUCGCAAUGUUUGCAACAACCAUUGUGGUAUAAGUAGCUUAGGAUAUCGAACAUGUGACAUUGACACAGGAAUAUGUGACGUAGACGAUUGUGAUAAAACUUGGUAUGGACCGCAGUGCAGUCAGGCGUGUCCAAUCAAUUGCGUUAACCAGAAUUGUAACAGAACAGGGCAAUGUGUCGAAGGAUGUCUUGAAGGAUAUUGGGGUGCUACCUGUCAGUCGCAGUGCCAAAUUGAACUCACAUGCAAUGAUGGCACAUGUGACCAAAGUGAAGGCACGUGCUUGGAAUGUUUAACGGAAAAUCCCAGACCUCUAUGCAGAACUGCAGCAUGUAGUCCUAUAAACAAGUGGGGUGUAUUUUGUGAAUUUGAUUGCUCACGUUAUUGCGCAGAUGGUACUUGCUCGCGAGAAGACGGGUCGUGUAGUUCAUGCCUACCGCAGAAGUUCGGCAGAAUUUGUGACUCUGAUUGUCCUCACUGUGGCACAGACACAUGCUAUCAAAGCGACGGUAUUUGCAUCGAUAAGUGUGAUCCAGGUUGGUACAAACUUACCUGCUCGACGGAAUGUAAGCAUCCUGGGUGCAAUGAAUGUGACCUAACCAGCGGAGAAUGUAUAUCGUGCAAAACCGGAAAGUAUGGAACAAAUUGUUCAUUAGAUUGUGCUGCUACAUGCCAAGCCAAUAGUAAUGGUAUUAUCACAUGCAACCGGUUUUCCGGAGAAUGCGAUACUAAAGUUUGCCAAGUUGGAUAUUUCACUGCGCAAUGCACUGAAAGAUGUAGCCAAUACUGUAAAGAUGUGUCAUGUGAUAUAGACGCCGGAACAUGUUCACCUUGUUUAAAUGGUUGGUAUGGCCAAAGAUGUAAUGCAGAAUGCAGUUCUAACUGUAAAAACAAAGAAUGUGUUGUUACAGAAGCUAACUGCAGACAGGGUUGUAUUGAUGGUAAGUGGGGAGCCAGCUGUGAGAAGGAUUGUAAUUACAAUUGUGACAGUAAAACUUGUAACAAAGACACUGCAGAAUGUUUGUAUGGUUGCACCGCCUCCAAAUUUUAUGGCUUGACAUGCGCUUCACCGUGUAAUGGAAAUUGUGUGGACGAUGUCUGCAACAGGACUGGGUAUUGUCUUAAAGGGUGUGAGGUUGGCUGGUAUGGAGAAGAGUGUCAGUUCCAGUGUAGCGCUGUUUCUAAAUGUACCGAUGGAACAUGUUCUCGACUUGCAGGAACAUGUGACGACUGUUCAACGAUAGAUCCUGGGCCUAACUGUCCCUCAGCAGAGUGCUCACGUGGUAAAAGAGGAAAUACCUGCGGCGAAAACUGCACUAGUGAUAAUUGCUUGUAUGACCAGUGUGGACGGUAUACCGAUGUUUGUCAGGGUUGUCCUGCAGGUUUUUAUGGAGACAAAUGCGAGUUAGCGUGCGCCCACUGUAAACCAGGAACAGGAUGCGACCAAGCCAAUGGCGAGUGUUCCUCCGGUUGCCAAGACGGUUGGUACGGAUCCGAUUGCGAGACGCAAUGUUCUUCUGUGUGCGGAUCGUGCGAGCGACAGAGCGGAGAUUGCAUAACGUGUGCAGCUGGACGAUGGGGUACAGAAUGCCAGUCGAUAUGCAGUUCAAAUUGUGUUGGAACUCACAUUGGAGUAAAUACUCUUUUAUUCUGCAACAAGACUACUGGGUUCUGCUCAGAAAAAGCGUGCAAGGUUGGAUUUUGGCGGGAAGAUUGUACUCAAGCUUGCAAUAGCAACUGCCUACCAGAUGAAAAUAACAACCGUGUAUGUGGCUAUUUAAAUGGAAAGUGCUCAAAAGGUUGCAUUAGUACAUUUUAUGGUGAAACUUGCUCAGGUGUAUGUAGCAUGCGUUGUAAAGAUCGACUGUGUACAGAUUUUGAAGACUCUUGCGAUAUAAGUUGCGCUGAUGGGUUCUAUGGUGGCGAUUGUACUGGUACGUGUAGUACACAUUGUGCCGGAAGUAGUGGUUGUGACCCAAGCAAUGGACAAUGUUAUGAUGGUUGUCAACUAGGUUACUAUGGCACACGCUGUGACAAUCCAUGUAAGAAUACAUGUGUGGAUGGCACUUGUGAUCCUGAAGGAGGCUGUCCUGACUGUGCAAAGGAUCCUGUUGGACCAAAUUGUCGGGUCCAAGUUUGUAAUGCCACUUUUCUAGGGAAAACCCAACGUGUAAAAUAA